GCGGCGCUCCCUUCCUUUCAAUGCGGUGACGACACUUCGUUCUCGCACCUUGCAAGACUGCAUUGCCCUCACCCGCUGUCUGCAAAUGUCCAGCGUACUCGGCUGCCUCACGUUUCAGUGCCGCAUCGAGUGUAUUAUUCCGCAAGUGCCCUUAGCGACGAAGAUCAAGUAAUGACAGCGCUGCUAUGAAAACUGGUCGCGGUGUGAUGCGCGAUGACGACCCUCUUUGUUGCUGCGAGUACAUCUCCAAAGUAGGCGAGCGAUCGCACAUUCUGGCAUGUCUCUGCGACUGCGAGGCCUUGGAUAUCGCAUUUGACAGGCUCCUUACGUGCCGUCGGGUGCCCGCACCUCACUGGUCGCUCGUCAAAGACACGGUGAUGGACCGGAUUCGGGUGCCUUGGCUCGGCGGGGCCAAGCGCCUGGAGACUGAUGUCAUCUCGCCAAUCGUCAUCCUACCGUCAGUACUUUUACUGGCCUGCCAUAGCUGGACAAUGCUCAUGAUCACCUUUUCGGCGCUGCCGUUUGCUCUGUUCUUCAUACACCGGCGCUGUUCCAGAACCAGAACGAGAACAAGGUUCUUCCUGUCGUGGACUGUGUCGUCCCUCGUGGUGCUGCUUGGAGUGUUCCAGCUCGAAGUGGUGCCCUACCUGGAAAUUCUCUUCUCCGAAAACACUGUACUCAUGCUGGCAGUCGCCUUGACCUGCCUGUGUGCUUACAAAGUGCACAACUGCCCACCUGACAUCCUGGCUCCGAGUGUCAAUAUGGAACCGGUGGGCAAGACGGUCGAAGCGACAGCGUGCAGUGUCAGUGUGCCCUACCCGGAGACCGAGGAUUCCAAGUGCUCUGUGUGCCAAGUGGUGCAGCCACCGCGCUGCAGCCAUUGCCAUCUUUGUGGCCGCUGCUUCCUGAAGAGGGAUCACCACUGCGUCUGGUUGGAUGCCUGCAUUGGUGAGAAGAACCAUCGAGCUUUCAUCCUUGGCCUGGUUUGUUUGCUGGUGUCUCUGGUGUACGGUGCAAACCUCACCCUGACCACUGUCUGCCGGCCGAAGAUGCUUUGGGACACCUUCCUUAUUCCAGACAACUGCUUCGAGGUGUACGAGGACAUUCACAUAUCACUGUGUUUCGUGUCCGCCGUGUACGCACUGCUGGUGGCCAUCCCCGUGGGGCUGAUGCUUCUUCAGCAGCUCUGGCUCGUCGCCAUCAAUACUACAAUCUACGAGAUGCGCCGGCACAAGAUUGGCAUCCACAGCCGUGGAGUGUGCAACAACUGCCGCUCAUUCUGGUGCCCCAGCUGGAGGUAGCUUGUGACGACUGUUCCUUGUGUCCUCCACACGAGGACUGUCCCUUGUGUUAUCCUUUUUUUUUUUUGUGAUCACAGCUGUCACUUCCAGAAAACUAUUUAUUUUCCAUUACGUUCCAUGGGACCGUUAGAAAAACGUGUAGUUACUCAUUCUUGUGGCUGUAUAUUGAUGUUGCGCACAGUUGGACUAGGCAGGGGAUCCGUUCUUCCGUUGCACGAAGGUCUAGCAUACAGUGCUUCGAGCACAUGCUCAACAUGGCUGAGUAAUGCCGGGGCACGUUUGCAACUGCGUUGAAGCAUACCCUGUGGGGUCUCAACUUCUGGCGAGUUUUAUUUGUGUGCUGCUACCUUCCACGUUCCCUGAAACCUGAUGAAGGCUCUGUGGCAUGUGCUCAUUUCUUGGGGCAUUAAGGGUUAAGAUAGACAUUUUACUUAAGGGCUAGUCAUAGCUCACUUGCAAUUAUGUGCUGUCCAGAUGGCACGUUUUGUAUUGUAGUGGUAUACAACUGCAUUACCUCCACUUGAGUACAGAUUCAUACAUGCCUCUGCAUGAAUGUUGCGUGUUUAAGGCAGUGUGGAAAUUUUCAGCUUAGGAAGUUUGUUGAGGCUAUGUGGGGACUAUAGGAAGGAGGAACAUUGUUUAUUAUUUUAAUACUAUAACCAGUAAUGAAUGGUAAGUUUGCAAGUAUUUUGACAUGUUUAACAUUAAUAAUACCAAGCUUUUAGAUGCGAAACAGCUCUCUUACUAGCCUGUGUAACGCAGUCCCUCCGUUUGCACCGCACUUCCCUGGCCGCAGGUGUUGGGCGGUUCCAAGUAGGUCACACCUUCCCUCGCAGUGCGCUCGCGUUGACGUCACUCUCUUCUUAGCCUGUUGCCACUUUCCGUGUGUCACCCCUCUCUCUUCACUCUCUCCACCGCUCGCAAUGUUCGAUCGCUUCACUCUCUACACCGCUCCCAACGCUCUAGCCCACUCCUCACGUGGACAUCAUCUCACCCGUGCCACUUCUCUCCAUCUCUCAGCGAGAAGAAGCCGUAAGCCAACGGGCGCGUGCACCUUGAGAAUUUCGCGGCGCUGACAAUGUGGACAGUGCGCCGUUGCUUGCCGCACGAUCGUGCCGACGGGCGGGAAGGCAUGGCGGCAAGCUUCCCUCUAGUGUGUGCUUACCUUUCCCGGCUGUCGCCGGCGUUGUGACGUUCGCAAAUGGCACGUGAAUAGGGAUGAGGCAAGAGCCAGGGAAGCUGAACGCAAGCGUCGGCAGUGGAAGACCAGUGACACCGAUGAGGUGCAAGUCAAGAACACCGAUCGUGUUCGAGAAUACAGACAGCACACUGAUAACACUGACGAGACGCGAGCCAAGGAAGCCGAGCACAAGAGUGUUUAACGUGUCCCGCCUCCUGUGUCAUUGUGUUUCAAACAAACGUUUACUCGAGUAAACACUACACAGAGCUUCGCUACAAACCAAUCUUCCAGCACCCGUGUCGAUGCCAGUUUCAACCGGGUCAACACCGUGCACACCGCUGAUGAUCAGGGUUCCCUUCAGGGAGAUGGUCCUUAGUUUUUUUUGCUACUUUUUAAACAGAAGCAAGUUCUUGGAUAUAGUAUGCUCUCUUUAAUAAGCUGCCAAAGGUAGUGUAAAGGCAUUCAAGCAGCCAGCAGCUAAGGAGACUCAAAAGAAUCUCCUGUUGCUUGAGUAUUUGAGACUUUUCCUCAGGAAUUACUGCUUCCUUCAACGAUCUCUUAUUGCUGUUUUGUUUCUCCACAUAGCCCAUGUGAAAUUUAAUGCAUCUUGCAUGGUCUUUCAGUAUGUGUUCUUAGAUAAAGUUGUGAAAACUGGCUGUGGUUGCCUAGCACGAUGAUGCUGCCUAUAAUGGGCGUGUACAUAACUAAGUCAAGGGCAUGUCCUUUUUUGCUUACUCCCAUUCCUCCUAGUGAUUUUCGUGUUUACCGAAAGCUGCUGUUGCAACUUUUCACGAGUAUUAUACACUGUGGAACGUUCCAUUUGUGUCAAGUACUUCAUUCUUGGUACUUGUCUUUCUGUGCUGCAGAACGCAGAGAAAUAAACACUUUACUUCAAAAGUA